UAAAAGGAGACAAAUGUGUCCAGACACAUUCACAGUUAAAGGCCAAACGGAGCCGAACGGUGCUGACCUGUCCGGACUUAUCCAGGGGAAGAUUUAAUGUUCAGGCUUAUCCAGGAAAACUUGGAUGUUGUUUGUUGUUUUCCACAUUUUGUCUGGAAAAUCUAUAUCCAUGAUGCAGCUGACUUUUAUUUUAUAUUUGCAUUAUUUUUUAUUAUUCUGCCAGUUAACAAUACUAUUUUAACAAUAUUAUAAAUAAAGGACAGUUUAGUUCAAUAUUUCUACCCUCAAGUAGACCAGCCUAAAUGUUUGUAGCAUUUUUUAAUAUACCAUUUGAUAUUUGUAAUGUUGCCUCCCUUGUGUGUUAUUGUUUUACGCCUAAGGCACAUUUCCAUGUUAUGUGAAUUUAAUGGACAAUAAGUCUGAUGUAAGUGAAGUCAGAUGUUAGAAAUAAUGAGGAAAACAUUUUGAGGAAAACAAACUUCACCAAACUUGUCUUUUAUUGAUAUUUCGUUUCAUACAUCAUUUUAAUUACACAAUUCUAAGUUUAUUGUUUUGUAAUAUUGUUUUUACUUUUUAUGCAGAGAAAAACAAAAUAAAUCAAGUUGCUGCUCUUUUAUUAAACGUGGAGCUAGAACCCAAUCAAAGUCAAAACUAUUUAUAAUCUCCUAUUUCAUAUAUUUGAUGAAGUUAAAAGCUACUAAUAACUAAUAUUUCAUCACACAAGAGAGGCUUUGACUCACUGAGGGUUGAUGUAUUUGAUCAAAUAUUCAAUUGAUUUAUGGAUAAUUGUUAAUUUCUUGUCAUGCAGUACAAUUUCUGACAUUAAACUUUCUUGCAGUCAAAUCCAUUUGCUGCCAAAUAGAAAAAAUAUUACUUUAAAUUAAAAAUACUGUUUGGUUUGGUGUCAGUUGAAAUGGAUGCUGACAUAAAUUUCACAUCAUUUUCAUUUGUUGCCCUGCUUAAAUGCAGAUUACCAUGGAAACCAGCCUGCAGUGGUUAAAGUUAGCCUGGUUAGUGGUCAGUGGUCAUGUAAAGGUGAUGAGUCAUAGUAGACUAGUCUCGGCAUGUCUACACACACACACACACACACACACACACAGUUGUGUGAUUGAAUCAGCUGGUACAGCCAGUUAACAAACACUGUGACACAGCUGCUGACUCAGAGUGUGUGUGAGAGACUUGGGCCUCAGUUUCAGACCAGGACUCAGACUCUGGUCUAGUCCUGACAUGUUUCAGCUGCUCUAUAAUAAGAGCGUGUGUCGCUCUGCUCUGUUUCACUCUGACUGCACUUUAUCUGCGUUUACUUUGCACAGGAUGAGGAGCUGCUGCUGCUGACACUUUCUCUCUGUUUAUACUGGAAUAAAUCAGCGUCAUGAUGUCGGCCGACGAGGAGCUCAUCACCGACUCUGCUGACGAAAACAAACUGGUGAGACCAAAGCUUGAGUUUCAGUCCCUGCUACAACUUGCAGGAGCCACUAAAGAUGUUUUCACCAUGAAGGAGGUGAUGUUCUACCUCGGUCAGUACAUCAUCCAGAAGCAACUGUACGACCACAAGCAGCAGCACAUCGUCCACUGCUCCCAGGAUGCACUGGGUCGGCUGCUGGGUGUCGACAGCUUCUCUGUCAAAGAGCCACGGGCUUUGUUUGCAAUGAUCACAAAGAAUCUGGAGACUGUGAAGAGUCGAGAGUCACCACCGAGUGUGAGUGAAGAGCACAGCAACAGUCAGACAGACAGAGGGACAGAGGAGGUGGAGUCAGAAAGUCGCUCUUCAUCACCAGACAGGAGGAGGAGGAGACAGAGGAGGAGGAGGAGGAGAAGGAGGAGCUGCAGGAGCAGUGACCCCGGCCCCUCCCACAGCUUAGAGAACAACGAAGAGGAGGAAGAAUCAGAAGAGGAGGAAGAAGACGGGAGGAAGAGGAGGAGGUCUGACAGCUACUCCCUGACCUUCGACGACAGUCUGUCCUGGUGUGUGAUUAGUGGCUUGGGAAGUGGGCGGGACAGACACAGCAGCCAAUCAUCGGACUCGCACAGCACCUCGACGAGGUCAGAGGUCGCGGUCCCACUCACGACGCCAGACUCGGACAGCGACAACUUCAGCGUGGAGUUUGAAGUAGAGUCCGUCGAUUCUGACGAUUAUAACGAAGACGACGCCUCCGUGUCAGCUGACGACCAGGUGUACGAAGUCACCAUCUUUGAGGAAGACGACGACGACGACGACUCCUUCGAUGAAGACACAGAGAUCACGGAAGCCGAUUACUGGCAGUGUGUGGAGUGCGAGGAGUUCAACCCUCCUCUCCCCAGACACUGUCGCUUCUGCUGGACUCUGCAUGAGGGCUGGCUGCCCGACGAGUCGGGCAACAUCAUUAACUCCUCCCCCUCCUGCCCUAAAGCCCUGCCCACAAAGCCAAUCAGCCAAUCAGCUACCAAAGAAGCAACAGGUUCUGACGUGGAGGAAAAUGACGGCGUAGACGUUCCAGAUGGAAAAAGAGCAAAAACUCCUCUUCCCGUGUCACAGUGUCUGUCUGACUCCACCCCUUCUGCUCCUGACUCCGCCUCCUCGGCGCCCAGCUCCCAGGAUCUCCUCUGCUCCUCCCAGCCUUCCUCCUCCUUCGACUCGCAGGAGCUUCUCCGGUCGCCCCGAGUCCCCGAGUUGGAGCGCAGCUCGUCGGCAGAGUGGCGUCUGCCGGAGUCGUGUCUGGACCCGUGUCUCAUCUGUCAGUCCCGGCCCAAGAACGGCUGCAUCGUCCACGGACGGACAGGACACCUUAUGUCCUGCUACAUCUGCGCCAGGAAGCUGAAGAAGAGGAACAAGCUGUGUCCGGUCUGCAGGCUGCCCAUCCAGUCUGUCGUCCUCACCUACCUCAGCUGAGACUCUGUCCCCUGUCCCUAUGUCCUCAACUACCUCAGCUGAGACUCUGUCCCCCGUCUGUCUGUCUGUCAGUCCGUCUUCACAUUUAGGUUUUUUUUUCCCACUUCAGGCACUUAGUGACACUCACAUUAGCAACAGUUCCGAUUUUCUUUGUAUGAAUUCUGACAAACAGUGAACUAUAAUAAACUAUAAUAACAUCUACGUCAGUUUAAGUGGAUUCACUCACUCUCCC